AUGACUGAGAUCACGAGCCCCCCAGCCGUCUGGGAUGAGUCGGCCUUGUCUGCACUCAGGGCCGAUUACCCCGACCUCGCGGUGCUCAGCACGGAUGCCGUGACCAAGCACAACCCCACCCCAGGUACCGGCCGGACCGGCUACAUGGCGGUCCCCCCGAACAACUACCCGUUCUACAGCGAGGACGAGAAGUACGUUCCCAUCAUGCAGGCAGAUGGUGGACAGCUCUCAGAGUGGAAGCCAAUGUACAACCCCACUGCGGAGCAAGCGGAGAAGGAUCGCAAAGCGGCAUACGAGUCUGGAGUGCCCCACGGCUUCGUUGCGGCGGGAGACAAGUAUGCAGGCCUUCCCACCAUCACCAUACCGCUCAUCAGCGAGCUGCACACGGAGGAAGAGUAUGGCGAGAAUGUCGACAGCGAGGGGCGACACAGCGGUGGCCCUUUCUUGCUGGAAGUCAGCCCUGCCAUGCGGAUCGAGGACCUGCGGAAACUCAUCAAGGACAAGGCUGGCAUCAUCCCCGCCCUCCAGAAGCUGUCCUUUGCCGGGAAGAACUUGGACGACGCCCAGCGCACUCUCGCACACUAUGGAGUGGCAUACUGGCAUGACAAGUUUCCCGAGUGGCCACUGAAGAUCAGGCGAUGUGCGUUUUUGUAG